GGCUGACAUUAGUGACAUUUUAUUUUCAUUCGUUCACUCAUUCAUUCAAUUUGCUUGCGCGAAAGCCGAAAAUGUUUGAUUUCAUAUAUUCGAAGACAACAGUUAAGUUUUUCAUGUGUGUUCAGCGCGAAGAAUGCUAAUAAACAUUAGGUUAUGAAGGUUAGCUGAAAGUAUUGGAGUCACGAUGUUGGAUUGCCUUAUAAAAGCGCGGCCUGGCGCCGGGCGACUCAUUUCACUCCGACCUACGAUGUCGCAGGUUGCUAACGGCACCUCAAUCGACGAGAACUGUUUAUUCGAUAUGGACGCUUGCUACGAGACCUUUGACAAGGACGGGGAUGGCAAGUUGAACCAUGACGAGUUCCGCCUGAUCUGCAAGGCGCUGUUCCGCAAUGACAAGGGCCACAUCUACCCGCUGGCCGAGGAGCGGGCGCGCCACAUAUUCAGCGUGUUCGAUCGCAACGGAGACGGGUACAUCGAUAAAGAAGAGUUCACCUUCUGCUGGAACCACUGGAUCAAAGUGAUCGUUCGUCCAGUGAGCGCGUUCCUCAUCGUAGACGUGCAGAACGACUUCAUUUCCGGGACCCUGAACAUCAGUAAGUGCAACGCGCAGCAGGAUGGCAGUGAGGUGGUGGAACCAAUCAACCGCCUGCUGGAGUCUGUUCCGUUCGACUGCGUGUUCUACUCACUGGACUGGCACCCCCCAGACCACGUGUCCUUCAUCGACAACGUACACAUGCGCGAGCUGCAUCCCUCCAGCCCGGUGCCAGCGGACAAGGCGCAGGCGUACGACACGGUGGUGUUCGCGGGCCCGCCGCCGAUGAAGCAGCGGCUGUGGCCGCGACACUGUGUCCAGGACACCUGGGGCGCUGAGCUGCACAAGGACCUCAAGAUAAUGGAGGGUGCGGUGAAGGUAUACAAGGGCACCAACCAGGUGGACUCCUACUCCGUGUUCUACAACAAGAAGCUGACGGACACCAGCCUCAGCACGCAACUGCGCUUGCGCGGCGCCACCGACAUAUACAUCUGCGGGCUCGCCUACGACGUUUGCGUUGGUGCUACGAUAGCGGACGCGCUGGCGAUCGGUUACCGCGCGAUCCUGAUAGAUGACGCGUCGCGCGGCGUCGACUUGGCUGACAUCGAGAAGACGAAGGCCACCAUCGUCGGCAACAACGGCGUCAUCGUCAACUCCGAUGAGGUGUUGGCCAUGGUGGAGGGGCGUGACCGGCGGCCGGAGCUGGGCUACAAGCUGGCCAUGGAACUCAAGAACGCCAUGGAGGACGCGCAGUAACUCGCACCUCACACACGCCACACGUCUCAUACUGCCCUGCAAGAAUACCUGUCUGCGUUUAGCGAGAGAGAGAUGGAGAGAAAAAAUGUAUUCAAACAAAGCACACAUAAAUAAUAACAACCAUUAAAGACAUUAACAAUAAUGUGGAGAGAAAUCUUCUCUCGUCUGGGUUGUGAGCCUCAUCAAUCACCAAGAUUGAUCAGGGUUGCUAUUGAGCCGUAAAAAGACAUAUCUGUAACGAUUACCCAGUACUUAAAGUAAAUAUUAGCUGGGAAUGCCGGGACCGACUGCCUGAUGUGUCCUAACCAAACUAGUGAUCACAAAGUGAUUUUGCGAUAUGUCCCUACCAGAAUUCGAACCCGGGACCUUCGGAUCGUGAGCCCAACGACCAACCACUACACGUCUCAGUAUAUUGUCGCCCUAUAGUAAAAACCACGUAAACGUCUUUUCGAAAAAUCACAUUCUCAUGCGAUUUUCUUUAACAAACAACUCGAGUUCUUUCGAGUUUUCAUUUCGGGUAAAAAUUUCAACCACAUUUUUUUUACUUGGAUAGGAACUAGCUUGUCUAAUGCAAGGUUUUGUGAGGCGCUUACGAAGUUUUCACUAUAACAUUACACCUGUAAGUUUGCGUUAAAAGGCAGCAAAUUCUAAUUUUUACAACACUCGACAGUCUUGGCGAGAAUUUACUAUACUUGGUCCUGCGGAAUAUG